CAUCCCUCCUCUCUACCUUCCUCCCCGGAAACCAACAACUUUGCCACCGUCAGUCUUGGCGAUGCUGAGCUGUGGAAGCCAGGUUUAAGAAGACAUUGGGGUUGUGGGGGGCUGUGACAGCUGUCAGGCCAUGACUAGGGCAGACCCUUGCCUCAGGACAGUGUGAUGAUGGACCCGACUCUCACAUCAGCAGCAGGCAGGAGCGGAGAUGUCAACUGCACGGGUCAUCUACUAGCAUUGGGGAUUCCCUCCAUAACCUUUGCGUGGGGACUGUGGGCCCUCUUAGGGGCUGUGACAGUGCUCUUUCUUAUUUCACUGGCUGCACUCUUGUCCCAGUGGGCCACGCGUCGGAGCAGGAGCCAGGAGGGACAGGGACGCUCUGGAGAGUCCGUGGAAGAAAUCCCCCUGUAUGGGAACCUGCACUAUUUACAGACAGGACGACUGUCUCAAGAGCCAAGGCCAGAACAGCAGGACCCAUCCUCUGGAGGCCCUGCCAGGGUGAGUCAGCUGGCCGAAGAAAAGGGGAGGGAAGGAAAUGGGGACCGAUCCCGAGGGUCCAGAGAACAUCCAACAGCCUCGCCUCUCCAGGCUACAGAGGAAGGGAUGUGCUACACUAGCCUGCAGCUGCGACCUGCUCAGGGUCGGAUCCCCAGCUCUGGGACCCCCAUAAAGUACUGUGAGGUGGUGCUGGACUCUGAGCCAAAGCCCCAGGCCCCGGGCCCUGAGCCGGAACUCUAUGCCUCGGUGUGUGCCCAGACACGCCGAGCUCGGGCUUCCUUCCCAGAUCAGGCCUAUGCCAACAGUCAGCCUGCACCCAGCUGAGGAGGACCUGGAACGGUGGGCAUCCAGGGCUCAGCUGCUGGUCAGGGACUCCUGCUGCCCUGGCUAGUUAGUGCAUGCCUAGUUCCCGACUACCCCCAGGACACUGAGCCAUUGCUUAGUGACAGGUGAUGACCUAUCCCGAACUUCCUACGUUUCAAGGCACACAUCUCAGAGCAUGAAGGUUCCUGGCUUCCCGAGGAUGGAGUGCAAAGACAGAUUCCCCCCGCCCCUCCCCCACAUUUAUCUUUUCUAUGUCCUCCUGUGAGGCCCCCAACUCCCUGCUUCACACUUUUCCCUCCUUCCGGAGUCUAACCGGGUGCCUCAUCUCCCUUUCUCAGCUUAUCAGAUACCCCAUUGUCUGCUCAGACACAGGAAGUGGGCAGGGAGGAGGAGGUAAGAGCCAGAGAGGAUGUGGGUGGGUACCAUGCAUGGGAGCCCUCAGCUGAAGGCUCCUGGAGUCUCGAGCUUGGUUCCUGACCUGAAAACCCUGGACAGAGAAUGACCUCCACUCUGCUGUCUGUGGCGUCCCCUGGCUUUCAAAUAAAACAUCUCAAAAACUGUUUUUAUUUGAA